AUGGCAUUUAUUUUUUGGUUUUGUCUUUUUUUCUCUUUUUUUUUACUUUCUCCUCUUUUUUUCUUUUCUGCUGCAAUUGAUGCUUUUCCUCUUUUUCAUAUUCCAUUCAAAAUCUUUACAUUUUCUUUUCUUUUUUUUACUUUCUACCCUUAUUCCCUUGUUUCUCCCCUUUCUUAUUUCUACUUCUUUCCUUCCACUUUAUUCUUUCUUUUGCCACUCUCUUAUUCCUUCUCUUUGCCUCUCUCUUAUUCUUUCUCUUUGCCUCUCUGUUAUUCUUUCUUUUGCCACUCUCUUAUUCUCUCUCUUUGCCACUCUCUUAUUCUCUCUCUUUGCCUCUCUCUUAUUCUCUCUCUUUGCCACUCUCUUAUUCUUUCUCUUUGCCUCUCUCUUAUUCUUUCUCUUUGCCACUCUCUUAUUCUCUCUCUUUGCCUCUCUCUUAUUCUCUCUCUUUGCCACUCUCUUAUUCUCUCUCUUUGCCACUCUCUUAUUCUCUCUCUUUGCCUCUCUCUUAUUCUUUCUCUUUGCCACUCUCUUAUUCUCUCUCUUUGCCACUCUCUUAUUCUCUCUCUUUGCCACUCUCUUAUUCUCUCUCUUUGCCACUCUCUUAUUCUUUCUCUUUGCCACUCUCUUAUUCUUUCUCUUUGCCACUCUCUUAUUCUUUCUCUUUGCCACUCUCUUAUUCUUUCUUUUACUACUCUCUUAUUCCUUCUUUUUGUCUCUCUUUUAAUCUUUCUUUUGCCUCUCUGUUAUCACUUCUCUUUGGCAACCUUUUAUUCCUUCUCUUUGCCUCUCUCUUAUUUCUUCUCUUUGCCUCUCUCUUAUUCUUUCUCUUUGCCUCUCUCUUAUUCUCUCUCUUUGCCACUCUCUUAUUCUCUCUCUUUGCCUCUCUCUUAUUCUCUCUCUUUGCCACUCUCUUAUUCUCUCUCUUUGCCACUCUCUAUUAUUUGUUUUUACUCUCUAUCAUUCUGUCUUUUUAUCUAUUUCUUAUUCCUACCUUUCAUUCCUCUUUUCUUCCCUUUACAUUUUUUUUAUUCCUCCUUCCAGUUAUUUUUCAUUCAUUUAAGACAGUAUGCCUCCCAGGUUUGA